AUGGUUGACGGAGACGACGGCGUGAUCCUGCCUCUCUACGAGGCGUACAAGACGCACACCGAGCGCGUGCGCGACGCUCGCCGCGACGUUCAUCAACUCCUGCUGGAGCAGGAGUGGCGCGUCGCCAUGCGCUCGCGUCAGUACCUCACCACGCAGUGUCUCGACGCGCCGUGUGCACCCGCCUGGAUGACGCUGUACGAGUACGGCACUGACAUCAACUUCUUGAACGCUACGAGUCUGACGCGUAGCGCCUUUGAUCAGUUGCUCUGUAGAUUUUGCUGCUUCUACUACAUGCGGCCGCUGUCGUCGAGAGGGUGCCCACCCAAGCUGUGCUACUUACACCAAGUGAUGGGUCUCGUUCUUACCUUCUACGUCGGGUCGAUGGACCAGAGCUCCCUAUGCAUCACCUUUGGGGUCCCGCCCAGCACGCUCUCCAGGACGCUGCGCAAAGCCGAAGAGGCGCUAGCGCGGGCGCUGAACGGCUACGCGCCUGCGCGUAUCUCGUGGCCCUCUCCCUCGCGCCAGGUAGAAUUGGCGCGGAUGGUCAACAAGCGUGAGCCUGUACUCACCCGCACGUUUUAG